UGAAAAAUUAAAAUCAAGUAAUUACUUUCUAAAGAAAGUAUUCAUUCUUUUUAUAAAGAACUAAAAAAAUAGGUCAAAUAGAUUGAAACACGUGAAGUAAUUACGAACCCUAUAUAAACAAGUGUCUUAUACCCUUUUUGUUUAUAAACAAGUGUCUCAAACUUUGCCUUUUCCUCUAAGUUACUAUCCAAACUUCUUGCAAUUCUUCAAUUAAUUUCACUUUAAUUCAAAUUAGUUCAAAUAACAAAGAUGAUUAUACGUGGCGCAUUGAGGUUGGCGCGUUCUAUGAUGUCUCACAUUGGUCCACGUUACUAUUCAACUAUACGUCCGGUGGCCGGAAAUGAAGCCAAAAACGGGGUUAUUACUCGUGCAUCGUUCAAUUUCUUGCAUGAAAAUUCUAUCAAGGGUUUCGAAAAGAUUAUGAUGACACGCGUUAGGUAUUUUUCAACUACGAAUUCGUGUAACACAAGUAUAAUAAACUUGAGCGACAAGGAAAAAAAUGAACAAACUAGUCAAGAAAAAAUUGAUCAGAACGGCGACGCAGAAUUCAAAGUCACCGUUCUUACUAGUGGUGGAAAUAAUAAUAAUAUUAAUAAUGUUAGCUAUUGGGGUAUUCAACCCCCUAAGGUUACAAAAGAAGAUGGUACUCCAUGGAAGUGGAAUUGUUUUAUGCCAUGGGAGACAUACAAGGCAGAUUUAUCAAUUGAUAUGAAAAAACACCAUGAGCCUAUAACGUUGUUGGAUAAAUUGGCUUAUUGGACUGUCAAGGCCCUUAGGGUACCCACAGACUUAUUCUUUCAGAAGAGGUACGGUUGUCGAGCAAUGAUGUUGGAAACCGUGGCGGCAGUCCCCGGUAUGGUAGGAGGAAUGUUAUUACACUGUAAAUCUUUAAGGCGAUUCGAGCACAGUGGUGGAUGGAUCAAAGCACUAUUAGAAGAAGCAGAAAAUGAAAGAAUGCACUUAAUGACAUUUAUGGAAGUAUCAAAACCAAAAUGGUACGAACGUGGACUUGUCUUAAUGGUACAAGGCAUAUUCUUCAAUGUCUAUUUUAUGACUUAUAUUUUGUCACCAAAAUUGGCACAUCGAAUUGUUGGUUACUUAGAAGAAGAAGCUAUUCAUUCCUACACACAAUUUCUUAAAGAAUUAGAUGAGGGAAAUAUUGAAAACGUAGCUGCUCCGGCUAUCGCUAUUGAUUAUUGGCGUUUGACGCAAGACGCGACUCUUAAAGAUGUUGUCAUGGUGGUUAGGGCGGACGAGGCUCAUCAUCGCGAUGUUAACCACUUUGCAUCGGAUAUUUAUUACCAUGGGCAAGAACUGAAGGACUGUCCAGCUCCACUUGGGUAUCACUGAUAACAACAAUUUUGAUCUAAUAAAUGUUUUGAAACAAUUAAAGAACACAAAAUAGUGAAAAAGAUCACAAUUUACUAAUAUUUUUGAGUAUUGAUGUACACUAUCUUGUGUGAUUUUAUUUUUUCCUUUUGUCUUUUAUACUUAAUAAAACUUAUUAGUCUUUUAUGUAGUAUUAUUAAUAAAUAAAAUAUUAACCAGUGUAAUUAUUGAAAUAUUAAUAAAGUAAGGAUGUUGUUUAUUAUAUAAGAGGAUCAAUGAUUCAAUGUAAAAUGGGUUAUAUUUCUUAAAUUAUCAUAAUUUAAUUUAAAAUUUUAAAA